AUGGACAAGAUACGCGUAGCAUAUCGUUUACUGAUCGUACCAAAGACAUUACAUAGCCACCAGAACCACCAAACCACCAUGUCUGCACCACCAGCAGCACCAGCACCAGGACCAGCCGCCGCCGCCGCCAAUUUGGUCACGGUCCCAGAUGGCGACGACCCGCCAUUGAGAAAGGUACGUGUUCUCUGUGGCGAAUCAGAACCCAAUUCCAUGGUCCAGGAAGCUAAUAUAAAGGACGACAAUAGCCCUGCAACUACCCCAAGAGCGCCCAGCACACCCAGGAAAUCUUCGACCUGGCAACAGGUCGACUGGGCCGAAAGCUCGCGGGGAUGGAGAAGAAGCGGGACUUCGUCCAGUACGAGGAGAACCUGGGGAUGCACCCCACCAGGCACAGGCGAUACCGAAAUGCGAGCGUGGGAUUCUGUGUUGGGGAGGCCAAACCCGCGGAGGAGAGAUGCGGCCCGUGCCGUGAUGGCCAUGGGAGCUUUCCCCAGUGCGUGGUCGUCGCUGGCGAGUUCGGCGGUGCUUGCUGUUCUUGCAAGCUUGGAGAUAGGGUCAAGUAUUGUAUCUGGCCGGCACCAGCCCCAGUAGCACCUACUCCAGCAGCUCCAGCAGCACCACCCGCACCCGCUCCAGCACCCGCACCAGCUCCAGCACCAGUUCCUGCGCCCGCAGCAGCUCCAGCAACUGCCUCGUCAGCUCCAGCCGAUGACUGGGAGGGCUAUACAAAUGAUGACGGAAGCCCCAUGGAUGUCAUGGCUGUGAUGCUGGGCUUUUGCCGGGCUGCUCGCGUUGCUCGAGGUGGAUGA